CUAGCUAGCGGGGACGCGUUCGAUUCCCGGGACUGGCAAUUCUCAAGAAGCUUGGCUAUGGCGUUUGCCCUCGCAGCGUCCCCUCUUCCCUCCAGGCCCGGCAGUCUGCCGCGGCUGAGGAGCAAUCGCAAUGUCGUCGUGGUGCCAGUGCGAUGUCGGUCGCAAUUGCAACCGCAGCAUCGCCGCCUGGUGCUGCGGCUGUGCGCCACCACAGACACGAAAGAAGCUGAGAAAGAAGAAGAGGACGCGCUCGCUGCUGAUGAAUCCGGAGGAGUCAGUGGCGGCAUUGGCGAUGGCAAUGGAGAUUCCGGCGAUGGCGGCGGGGGUGGAUUGAGCUGGCUGUUCAAUGCGCCAGUGUAUGUUCUAUGGGCGGGAUUGAUUGGGUACGCUUUCACCAUGGCUCCAAAUCAAACGCCGUACAGGGAUCAAUUGUUCGUGGAGAAGCUGCUGCUCUUGCGAGGCGACGAAGGUUUCUCGAUCAACCCGGUGCUUGUCACGGUCUGGUUUAGCAUGGGCCUUCUUCCACUCAUCUAUGCGAUGCUUCUCAUCCCCACUGGAAGAAGUGCGAAAGGUGGCGUUCCUGUGUGGCCGUUUUCUCUCGUUUCUUUCUUCACGGGGGUUUUUGCCUUGUUGCCGUACUUUGGGCUGUGGAAUCCACCGCCACCCCGCGUAACCAAGCAAGAGCUCAGCACCUGGCCUCUCGUGGUGCUGGAAUCAAAAAUCUUGUCUUUUUUUGUAGCCGCUUGCGCGCUUGGACUGGCCGCGAAAGCAGCGCUUUCCAACAGUGAGAGCUGGAGUCAGUACUUCGGAUUUUUCCGAGAGAGCCGAUUUAUUCACGUGAUGAGCAUCGACUUUGUCUUGCUUAAUCUGCUCGUGGUCUUCUGGGUGUUCAACGAUAUCACGUUUCGGAGGUCCAAUAACUCAUGGCUGAUUCCAGUGUCCAUCAUUCCACUCGUUGGUCCUGCAUUAUAUCUCCUCUUGAGACCCGGCUUGCCGCCGCAAAUGGUCGACGAGUAAUGUUUUGUGUCCAGGCAAUCAAUCUUUUUCUGGUCGGUCGAGAUUUCCGGGAAUUCGUUGGGCUUGCCGCUUUUGCAUUCGUUGUCGGCACUGUCAUGUCAAAGUGCACGUCUUCAAUCGCCAAUCAAGCUUCGAGUUGAUCGCGUCCACGAUCACGGGACACUUGCAGCUCACACGUAUUGGUUUUGGUCUUUUGCUUUGCUUCAAGACAAACUUGGUUUACCUGUGCUCUCGUCAAUCCGGAGUUCCUGCAAUGAGUUUCGAUCGAAUUUUACUC